AUGGUUUACCAAAUUCUUCUAUUUUUGUUUACAGCAUUCUUCAUGCAAUUCAAACUCAUCAAUGCAACGUCUGGUGGCAGCACAGAUGAUGAUUUAGUUCGGGCAAUGUUUCAUGAGAUUGAAUUUCUUGAGACAGAUGAAUCUACUGGCAUAGAUACUGUUAACUUGUUAAGAUGUUUGUACUAUCAAGGCUUACCUGGUGCUUGUUUGGUGGGAGUUCUGAAUUAUGGCCUGUUGACUAUAGUGUGUGAUAGUACACUAGCUGACAAAGAAUGUGUGGUCAAAAUAGCUGCUUGUUGUUACAAAAUAAUGGAAUCUGAUUUGUUCUUUGGAUCACAGUACAAUAUCGAUGAUAUUGAUGACUUGAAUAAUAUUUAUACUUUGGAUGCCAGUUUAGAUAGGGCUAGUGUGGCCAGGUAUAAUGGAGUGUUAAGAAAUAUGCCCAUAGAACCAACCAAUAGUAGCCAUCUGUCCGCCAGUAUGGCUACUGCCACUCCUAUAGAACAAGAUCCAGUCAAAAUAUGCAAGCCACCUCUUUACCAUAUAUUUAAAGUUACUCAAGGGAGCUACCGCAAUAGAAACAAAGACUACUAG